GUGGGGCUAAUCCUGUUUUGUUCUUUCCAAAUUCAAAUUAGAGACGGCAUUGUACAACGUCUUAAAGACAAUGAAGGUUCUCUCGAUCGAGGGAAUUUGCAGAGAAAUUCGUGGUCGUGGAAGAUGUAGACCCCAGAGUGCAACAUCAAAAGGGCACGCAUAAAGGUUUCCUUUUCCUGUUUCUUCAUAUUCAAGAGCAGCGUCUCUGAGAUUCCAAGAAAUUGCACAGAAGCUGUUCGACGAAAACGUUUAGAGAGGAUCACCGCAAACAAGGCAUGGGUGAGUCAUCAGUACCUUGUCUCAUGAGGUCCUUCUCUCAGCCUGCUGAGACUUACUGCGACGACCCCAAAGAGAUUAUAUUGGGAGUUACGAUACAUGUAUGAUUGGAUACAUGAGCAAAGUUAGACUCAAAUCUGAAGAUUUAACUAAGAAGGCUAUUGAAAAACAAAAAUAAUCAUAUUACAGGAAGAUCCUCUCCGUGCCCUAACAACAUCAAUAUCUUUUGGGAGAUUCAUGACGGAAUCAUUGUCUUGGGAAAAAUGGUCGUGCUUCUCUAACAACCGAUACUUGGAAGAAGCCGAGAAAUUUUCUAAGCCAGGUUCUGUUGCUGAAAAGAAAGCUUAUUUUGAGGCCCAUUACAACAGAGUUGCUGCCAGGAAAGCUGCGGCAGUGCUUGAGCAGCAAAGUGCAGCAAGUAACAAUUUUUCUGAAUCAAGUAAUCCACACGGGGCUCCGCAUGAUUCUUCUAUUGUCCCAGACUCAUCACAAUCAGACAGUAAUCUGUCUAUCAGUGAAGUGCAGGCAGUGGGUGCCCCUAAUACUGAGCAGUCUAAGGUGGUUCCCUCUGUUGAUCCAAAUGUAUGGGAUCCCAGUGCUGAAAGAAAUAAAUUGGGAAACACUGAGGAGAAAAAUGCAGAACCAGUAAGUGAGCUUGUUGUUGCUGAAAAUCCUAUCCAGGUUGAUUCAGCUGUCAAUCGUGAAAAUGUUGAAAACCACAUCAUUGCUACAUCCACUCAACAAGAGAUCACCAUUGUGAAUGCUGCUAAUCAAGAGAAUUUAGCCUUAACAAUCAAGAGGAAACAAUCAACUAGGUCCCCUAAAUUCACCAACAUUCGAGCAUCAAAGCUUUGGUCUUCUGUCAAACUAAUUCCUGUCCAACCCAGCAAGGAUGACUGUGCCACUCAAAUCCAUAGAAGAAUUGCAAGAGACGUGGUAGAGAAAAAGAGAUUAACACCAAAGUCACAUCACGUGUCAAUGACUUCUUUUUCUCACAGAGAAAAUCUUAUUCCAGUUGAGUUGCCUAACCACCGUGAAAAUGGUGGAAAAGGCUGCCCAGUUAUGCCUACUGAACAUGGAAAAAUGCCUGCCAUGCAUGCUGUCAAUCAAGGUGACCUAGCUUCAACAAGCACACAGAAAGAAUCAAUUAGUUCCUCAUACUCAUUCACCAACAUGCCAGCAUCAAAAAAACAGUCUUCUGUCAAAUUGAGUCCUGUACAAACUAGCAAAGACUGGAAUGGUACUCAAGCCGGUAAAAAGAGCGCAAGAGACUUGGUGGAAGAAAAGAGACCAACACAAAAAUCACUUCACGUGCCUAUCAAUUUUUCUUCACAUUCCAUGAACCCUAUUCGGGUUGAAUUACCUAACAAGCGUGAAAAUGUUGAAGUCCAUCACAAGAUUGUUCCCAAUCAAGAAGAGGAGAUGCUCUUCACUGAUGCGGCUAAUCGAGGUAAUUUAGUUGCAACAAGCCAGAAAGCACAAUCAAAUAGUUCCUCAAAAUCAUUCGGAGAGCAUCAAGCAUCAAAGCUCCAGUCUUCUGUCAAACUGAGUCCUUCCCAACGCAGAGAGCGAAAUACUGCCAGUCAAACCAGUAAAAUGACUACAAGAGACUUGGUGGAGAAAAGGAAAUUAGCACCGAAAUCACUUCACAUGUCAAUCAAUGUUUCUUGCCAUGCUGGUGGACCUGGUAAAACAUUUCGAAAUAGCCUCAGCAUUGGGAAUUCAAAAACUACUGGAAUCUUUGCAAAGACAUCCAACGACAACUCGAUUCCCAUACAAACUCAAAGUAAGGCAUCAAAACGUGGGUUAUCUGUGCAACCUUCAGCAACCCCUCAAGCAGAAAGAAGAAGAAGUAAAACGCAGGAUGAUUGCUCAGUUUCUGGAAGGACAACUGAUGUGAAAUUGAACUACCUGUCCGCAGACCGCUUGAAGACUCCAGGUGCAUCUGUACGCAAAGCACAGCCCCCCACUGUAGCCUCCUCUUUUAGCUUCAGGUGUGAAGGAAGAGUGGCAAAACGUAAAGAGUUCUUUCAGAAGCUACAAGAGAAGCUAAACACCAAGCAGACAGAAAGUAAGCAUGUCCGAUCAAAACCCCGGAAGAAAGUAGAGGAUGACUUCAAAGAGUUGCCCCUGAGUACCAGUUCCAAGGCCAAGUCUUCAGAACCAGCAAGCAAUCAAAUGAAUAAGAUCCAGCCGAGACAGCAUUUGUCACCAAAGCUUGAAAGGAAGCAAAUCCGCCACACAGAUACAAAUGGGAAUGCUUCAGCCAAGGAUAACUCCAAGCCCAAGCAUGUUGUUGAAAAGACUCAAAUCACUUUUUCUUCCAAUUCACCAUCGAGGAAAAAUACAAAUGAGAAUGCUUCCCCAAAUAUCGAGCUUUUCCAAGUUUAGGGCGGAGUUCAAUAAUUGAAUGGUCUUUCUGAUUAUGGUCUGUCGUUGGGAGAAUUGACCUCAUAGAGAUGGAAAUAAACAUUCAGAUGUUAGUGGAUGCAUUUGGCAGAAAAUGUGUAACAAACAUUCCUAAUACGCGUUGAUGGCUGUUUUCAACCUUGGAGUGGAAUUUUAGAUUGGCUCUUUUAAAUUCUUUUGACUAUCAGGCUACUCAAUUUUCUUUACAGAUAUAGUGUAUUUAGGGGCCAGAUGUUACAAUUUUCUGUACUGCACCUUUAAUUCUUGUAAAAUCUUUUGGUUCGGCCAAUUUUAUGGACAGGUGUCAUAAGCAAAUGA